AUGGAAUGGGGUGAGAAUAGUUUCUAUCAAGUAAUUAACUCUGCUCUACGUGCCGAAGAUCGAUCAUCAUUAAAGCCAUGGUUUGGUUAUCUUAAAUUAUUUGGUACAGCAGUACAAAAAUUACCCACUGUUCGAAAAAAUCUAUGGCGUGGUGUUACAACGGAUAUAGCGAAAAACUUUAAAGUAGGUGAUGAAUUCACUUGGUGGACCAUAAGUUCAUGUUCAACUUCUGUUAAUAUCAUCAAACAUUUUCUUGGAUCCAAUUCAACAUUAUUCUUGAUUGAAGCCGUAAAUGGAAAAGAUAUUUCAGUUUACACCAAUUAUCCAAGUGAAAAUGAAGUCAUUCUUUGUCCAGGCACUCGACUUCGUGUUGUUAGUGAUCCUCUUGAUCAACCACCUAUGUAUAUAGUCCAUUUACAAGAAGUUACUGAUGAAACUGAGGACCAACUCACAACCGCUUUCUAUAAUAUGGCAGUGACAUCUUCUUCAAAAAUCGAAUCUAUUCCAACAGCAAAAAAUGUUCAGUCUUCACAAGUUCAAAUUCUUAUUGACAUAUGGGGUAAUAGAUAUAAAACAAUGAUUCAUAUAUUAUACAGACUGCGCUACUGUUGCAUAGCUAUUUAG